AUGUCCGAAGAGACGCGGGGCACCCCUCUGCGUCUGGGAUCGAUUGCCCCCAACUUUCAAGCGGAAACCACGAUCGGCCCUAUCGACUUUCACGAGUGGUUGGGCAAUGACUGGGCCAUCCUCUUCUCCCACCCGGAGGAUUACACCCCCAUCUGCACUACCGAGCUGGCUGCCCUCGCCAAGUACGAGCCCGAAUUCACCAGGCGCCACGUCAAGCUGAUUGGACUGUCGGCCAACUCCAUCGAGUCGCACGAUGGCUGGAUCAACGACAUUAGCGAGAUCGCGGGAUGCCCGUUGACCUUUCCCGUGAUCGGCGAUAAGGAUCGUCAGAUCGCAUUUGCCUAUGAUAUGUUGGAUCACCAAGAUACAACCAAUGUGGACGCCAGAGGAAUGGCCUACACAAUCCGGUCUGUCUUUAUCAUCGACCCCAACAAGGUCAUCCGCCUGAUCCAGUCCUAUCCCGCCUCCACGGGUCGUGACACGGCUGAACUGCUGCGCGUCGUUGACUCUUUACUUGCUACCGACAAACAUAGCAUCAAUACCCCCGUCAACUGGCAGCCCGGUGACGAUGUGGUCGUCCCUGUCAGUAUCGGUGAUGAAGAAGCCAAGGCCCGGUUCCCGGAUAUGCGCGUGGUCAAACCGUACCUGCGGUUCACCCCGUUGGCGAAAGAGAAUUUUCUCCUUUCUCGGUAA